AUGUCUCGAUUGGAAGCGCUUCCUCAGCACCUUCUCCGCGACAUCCUCCGCUACUUGCUCCUCUCUGAUCGUGUCCGCGGCCCUCCUAAUCGCUAUCUUAUAGAAGAUUAUGACUUUCAAGUCGCCAUCCUCCGUACAAACAAGGCCGUUAACCAAGAGGCUGCCCACAUCUUCUACCAGGACAACAAGUGGAUCAAAUUCCGCAAUGGCUAUGGAGACCCGAUGGAGACCGCUUUGAUUAACCACGAGACUCCCUACUUCAAGUUGAAGACGAUGAAGUUCGAGAACCAUAUCGCGGAAGUCGAUGUCACCCCAAAUGUCAUAAGUCUACCGACUUAUGGUGGGAAGACGACGACGGGACUUCUCUUACUGCAAGACAUUCCCAAGUUCGCUCGCGUUUUGCGCAUUGUCGACUUCGCCAACUUCUUCGGCUAUAACAUCAAGUUCACGCUUCACACGCCACCCGGUGGUGUCGGCAAUCUGAGUAAGGAGCAUCAAGAGCGCCUGCUCUUACCCAUGGAACAAGUCAAAGGUGUUGCUUUCCGACAGCAGGUCACGUUCACUUCUACAUUUGAUGCAACCCUUGUCCAACGCGUCAAGCAGACUAUGACCCAGGGAGUCGCAUGGCUGCGAGCCGGUGCUGCCGAGGUUUACGAUCUCGCCUUGUCGAUGAAGCGCAUGGGCGAUAUGGCUUCAAAUAUCGGAAACCGAGACAUGGCUUUCGCGAAGUGGAACGACACGGUCAUGUUCAUCGACAGCACAAUGAAGCAAAACGACAUGAUGGAUACACGUCUAGAAUCUGGAUUCCAGUGCCGAAUCUAUGCGCUCCAGUGCAUGGUUGAUAUCGAACGACAGCUACUCGACUUCACAGACCUGUCUACUCCGAAGAAGGGCCCCAAAUUCGACCAUAUCUCAACGUUAGUGCAGAUGGCGGAGAAUGCGGAGGGUUUCAACGCGAAACUAGGAUAUGAGGCGGUUCCCACAUCUGCUAUCGCUCGCUUCUAUCGCUUCUUGGGUAUCGCCGAACUGGGCCUGGACCAUCCGGUGAAAGCGGCCAAAGCCUUUGUCAAGUCCUACAAGAUCAUGUCUCUCUCUAAAACCAAGCAAGGUUAUGAGACGGCGGUGGAGUGGAAGAAGCUCACUACGACCCAACGCAAAGCAAAGCUAGAUUCUCUGCUCGUGGAACUCCCUAGCAAUCCACACACCCUCUCAGAUUUCAAGGCAUGGCAAGGUCCUCAAGUCGCGUCUGAACACUGGGUCAUGCGCAAACUGGGUUUCCAAGGAGAGUUUCCGUACGCUGAUAAGAUAAGUGGUGUAAUGGGAAUAUGGCUGACGAACGAACCGCACCCCAACCUUUCGCGUGCAGGACCACGUACUGUACAGCUUGGAGCUGUGAAGCCGGAGGUACUGCAGAAGGUGGUGGACAAGCACCGUAAGGAAGCAGCACUGCCAAUGACGCAAGGUACCGCCAUGAUUUGGGUCUCACUCGGAGCCAACAUGAUAGGUCAAGAGAGUGUUUUGGACGAUCCGCAGGCUGCAAGGAGUCUGGAGAACAUGUCACUCAACGGCCAUGGAGGCUGUCCGACUCAGUGA